UAUCAUAUUAAAUUUGCUUAUGAAAUUUCAGCCCUAAAUUUUCAACAAAUUUAUACUAUCCAUUUGCUCGAUAUAAAUACGAUUGCGUUCUUCUGUAAUGUAUGUUUUUUAAACUGGUAACAAUCAUUUGUCAAACAAAAAAGAUUACGCUGUCAUUGGCUGAGAAAAAAAACCAACGCGCUUCGCUUCUCUUUUGGAAUUUAUCGUAUCGUAACAAGGCUUCCUUUUGUAUUACACUCAAAAAUGUUUUAAAAUCUUCAUCAUAAUCAUGUAAACAAUAGUGCGAAUUUAAAUUUUUGAACCUAAAAUCUUGAAAUUGUACUAUUUCUUGAAAUAAUUGAUAAUUACCGAUCAAUAGAACAAUGGCAUAGGAGUCGCGUCACAGAACUCUGGAUAAUUUUGGAAUUACCGUUCACUGUUGAAGAGUAUGGAGCCGGCCGGUAGCGACAACAACGACAGAUCUGGUGUAAAACGUGAAAAAAUGGCAGAAUCAUACAAUGGUCAGGAAAAUGUCACUUACGAAAUGCAACCAAAACAAGCCACGGUGCGUUAUUGUUGUGACGAUUGUGAUUUAACGUUUGACGGUUUAGAAUACUUGAUUUUGCAUAAAAAGUUCCAUGGGAAUGAAAAAGAUACUCCACAAAUGGUACCAGAACCUACAAUGGUUGUAAGAGAAGGGCCAAAAAAGAGGAGGAAGUUUAAAUGUGAUCAAUGUGAUGUUAAAGUAAAUUCUCAGUACCAUUUGGAUAUUCAUCAUAGUAAGCAUGAAGGAAAUGCAGCUAAAAAGUAUAUAUGUCAGGUAUGUGAUCGAAGCUUUGUAGCUGCCCAAUUUCUUAAAAGUCACAUGCAGUCUCACUCAACAACAAGCACGAUUAAUUGUGAAAUUUGCAAUAAAAGCUUCACAGGGCAAGCUUAUUUAAAGCUCCAUAUGCAACUCCACAAUGAUAUAAAAAAGUUUAAGUGCUCGAAAUGUGAUGAGAUGUUCCCUACUAAAAACUGCUUAAAGAUUCAUAUGAAAAAACACUCUAAAGUGAAGAAUUUUAAAUGUGAUUGCUGUCAGAAACUCUUUGUAUCAAAGAUUACUAUGGAAAAGCAUCGCCAGAGCCAUGAAGGGCAGCCUAUGGACUGUCUAGUAAAAUGCAAUCAAUGUGACCGAACAAUGCAUUCAACUUUGCUUCGGACACAUAUAGCCAGAGCACAUCCUUCAACAAUUGAUGAUGAUGUUAAGCGACCACAUAAAUGUACAACUUGUGGUAAGAGUUUUAUUGUUAAGAUUAACUUGAACCUACAUAUUCGCGUCUGCCACCCUGACCUAGCAGAUCCUGAAGAUGAAGAUGAUGAUGUAAUGACGGAUAACUCUUAGUAGAGGAAUUAUAACCUUAGUGUUAAGGCAAAGUAAGGUAUAAACUGUACAUACAAAAAUUGCAUUUCGGGUUCCUAUUUUUAAUUUUAAAGAAUACUGAGUAUAUUAUAAAUUUCCUUUAAUAAUGAGAAACAUUUCUAUAUUUAUCUAUAACCUAACUAGUUAUUUUUAAAUCAAUAACAUCAGAAUAUACCUUACUAUAUGACUGGCUACUUAAAAUAACAUAAAUUAUUUAGAUUUUAUUUCUGGCAGCUUCCUAACUAAAAUUUAAUUGGAUUUAAACUCAGUAAGUUUCUACAAAUAACUGAUAAAGUUAUUUUAAUUCUCAUCUAAAGAGUACUUAUAUCCAUGAAAGCAAUAUGUCAUUUUUGACGCGACUAGCGACUAAUUUGUCAUAUGGGGAAGGUGAGGAUUUUUUGUAAAGAUGAGCCUUAAAUGUGUCUGUAGGAAUGAGCCUUAUAGAUUUCUUUUAAAAUGUUCUGAAUAUAUUAAUAUUUAUUUAUUUAAUUAUAUCGAAUUAACAAUGACAUACCUUACAUGGGACUUUAAUCAUAAUUCCAUUAUAUGAAAUGAAACAUAAUUUAUACUCUUAAGUAAUCAGCCAUAUUGCCUUUUUUUAAUUUUAAGUUUAUAUCACAUUUUUAAGUAUUGCUUAUGUGAUUUUUUUACA